AUGAUCAAGCAGGAGAAGCCGGAGAGGCUGCUGCAGACGCCGGCCCCGCAGGCCGGGCUUGCGGAGAAGGACAAGGAGAACAUUUUCCAGCAGCACCGCGGCCUCCGGCCAUGCCAGGGCAUGGGGCAGCCUGGAGCUCUGUGGACCCCGGAGACUGGGGGGCCGCGGUGGGCCGCGCCUGAGCAGCAGCAGCACGCCCGGCUGGCAGGCCGAGCCCCGCCCCUGAGCCCCGCGCUGGCUGCCGGCGAGGGUCACUUCGUGUGCGUGGACUGCGGGAAGAGGUUCGGCUGGUGGUCGUCCCUGAAGAUCCACCAGCGCACCCACACCGGGGAGAAGCCCUACCUCUGCGGCAAGUGCGGCAAGCGCUUCAGCCAGAAGCCCAACCUGGCGCGCCACCAGCGGCACCACACGGGCGAGCGGCCCUUCUGCUGCCCGGAGUGGGCCUCCGCAUCCACCAGCGCGCGCACGCCCGCGGCCGCCAGGGCGCCCGGGCCCCGCGCUCGGGGGCCCCGCGGGGGCCGCUCCGGGGCGGCGGGCGAGCAGCGCCAGUUCAUCUGCACCGAGUGCGGCAAGAGCUUCUCGUGGUGGUCGUCGCUGAGCAUCCACCGGCGCAGCCACACCGGCGAGCGGCCCUACGCCUGCCCCGAGUGCGGCCGCCGCUUCAGCCAGAAGCCCAACCUCACGCGCCACCUGCGCAACCACACCGGCGAGCGGCCGCACCUGUGCGCCGCCUGCGGCCGCGGCUUCCGCCAGAAGCAGCACCUGCUCAAGCACCAGCGCACGCACCUGCCCGGGCAGCGCCAGUUCAUCUGCACCGAGUGCGGCAAGAGCUUCUCGUGGUGGUCGGCGCUCACCAUCCACCGGCGCAUCCACACCGGCGAGCGGCCCUAUGCCUGCCCCGAGUGCGGCCGCCGCUUCAGCCAGAAGCCCAACCUCACCCGGCACCGGCGCAACCACACCGGCGAGCGGCCCUACCUGUGCGCCGCCUGCGGCCGCGGCUUCCGCCAGAAGCAGCACCUGCUCAAGCACCAGCGCGUGCACCGCGUGGCGGCCGCGCCCCGGCCCCGCCCGGCCGAGGAGGCGCCGUACCAAGCUAUGGGCGAGUUAGACCUCCCGGCCUCACGGGGCUGCUGUGCGGCUGCGGCGACGCCGGCGACGGCGGCUGCGGCGGAUCGGAUCCGGGCUCGGGAGGCGGCGCCACGCUUUGGCAUCGCAUGUAAGGUUCGCCGAAGGGAGGCCGCCACGUGGUUUCAGCAGCUGACUUUGGGUGGGGGUGGGGGCGACCCGCCCUCCCCGGAGACGCAGGCGCGCAGAGAGCGCGCAGAGAGCGGGAACAAACGGUGGGGCCAUCGCGGAGUGCCCAUGACCGAGCUGGUGUCGUCCAGGGGCCGGUCCCCGCUCGGGGACGGGGAGGAGGGCCCCGGGGAGGAGCCGGGCCUGGUCAUCCACCAGCCCGCCGAGGAGCCGCCGCACCGCUGCCCGCUGUGCGGCCAGACCUUCUCGCAGCAGCCCAGCCUGGUGCGGCACCAGAAGGCGCACGCCGGGGCGGGCCGCGCGGCCGCCUUCGUGUGCCCCGAGUGCGGCAAGGCCUUCAGCGUGAAGCACAACCUGGAGGUGCACCAGCGCACGCACACCGGCGAGCGGCCCUUCCCCUGCCCGGAGUGCGGCCGCUGCUUCAGCCUCAAGCAGAACCUGCUCACGCACCGGCGCAUCCACAGCGGCGAGAAGCCGCACCAGUGCGCGCAGUGCGGCCGCUGCUUCCGCGAGCCGCGCUUCCUGCUCAACCACCAGCGCACGCACGCGCGCAUGCCCGCGCCGCACCCGCGCCGGCCCGGCGUCUUCGGGGAGCGGCGGCCCUACUUCUGCCCGCGGUGCGGCAAGAGCUUCGCGCGCGAGGGCUCGCUCAAGACCCACCAGCGCAGCCACGGCCACGGGCCCGAGGCCCAGGCGCCCCACCUAGGCCGCGUGCUGUGAGGCACGCCUGCGGGCCGCCGCCCCGUCGGCACCGGCCCGAGGCCUUGGGGACAGGCGCUGGGCUGCGGUCGCCUGGGGGGGUGGGCUUCUGGGAGAGGGGGAGAGCCAGACGUGGGGUGCUGGGGUGUGGCUCGGGCCUUCCCCCGCAGAUCCUCUGGCCGGCAGCACGCCGCGGCUUUGGGCUCCAGCGUUGGACUCGUGCGGCCUACAAAGCAGAUGUGAAGUGGACAGGACUUCAGGACCCACAAGGUGCAGGGCACAUCUGGGCACAGAGAUGUCAUGAUGUUGGAAACAUGGCUGGCACUGCCCCUAGGUCUGAGAACACGUCCUAAGAAGACCUACCUCGGAAGUGCCCUGCAGUGACCUGUAGAGAGGACCCAACGGAGCCUGGCAUUAGAGGCCCAUUGCACGUCCCUGUGGGAAGACAGGCCUAGUUUGGCCUGGGCAGGUCUACACGCAUGGCUGCCUGACCUUGGACUUGAGCUCUCCCCGAGGCACCAGGGACAGCACCUGUGUAGAGAGCUGGCUUCUCUGCUUCUGCCUGGCUGAAGUUCAAAGAGGGAAAGUGCCGGAUUUGAGCCAGGGCAGCAAGUUGGUGGCAGAGCUGGCUUUAGAGACCAAAUGUUCCCCCAAAUAUGAAGGACACUUGUGGGUUUUCUGAGUCAGAAAGGUUCUUUGCAGUGUUGGAGAGGGCCGCCCUUAGCAAAUCUGAGGAAGCCUUGGACUUCUCUUGAGAACACACGUCCUCACGUGGACUUAACAAUCCCAGGCAACUACUCCCAACUCCCAGCCCUGUGGGCCUCAGCUUUCCUCACCUGGCGUUCAUAGAACCCUCCCCCCCAUCUAGGGUUCCAUACAAAUAGUGUUUCUCCCCCCCACCCCCCCAGACUCCUUCCCUUGUUUGGGAAUAAAGAAUUCUGAGUUGGAAGCCCUUUCAGUCAAUCCCUUCUCCCACCCCAACGGUGAUUAGAUUUCUGGAAUCGAGUUUCUCUUUCCUGACACUGCAGUGUGGGGAGCAGGUCUCCCGGGUUAAUUCUGUGUUUCUCGUCCUUCCUGGAAGCCAGCUGGUUUUCACAAUGGUGCUUUGUGCUUGGGCGUUGGCUCCGAUUUCACUGAGGUCUCCAGGGGCUGGGGAGACCAGACUGCUGAGAGGCUGGUGGAAGCCCGAGUCUGGUCUGUGUCCACCCCAGCCCCAGGCAGGUGUCCAGCGGGAAGAGCGGGGAGGAAGAGGUCCAGAGCUCUGCUCUGGAGUGUGGGUAAGGCGGGCAGUGAGCGGUGCAUCCUCACGUUUAGGGGUGGGUAGCAGGCUGCACACCUGCGUGUGUUAGUUGGGAGCACAAGAGUGCACACCGCCCCUGAAAAAAGUGCCCCUUGGGAGAGGUGGGACCCCUGGGAAUGGGAUGGAAGCCUGUGGAUUCCUGCCCUGUGGUCUUUCUGCUCCUGUUACCCAGGAGGUUUGCCCCCACCAUCGAUCGUCCUGGGGUUGCCGAGGGAGGCCAGAGACAGGGGAGGCACUUUGUGCCCCUAAAACUUGCAUUCAGCAUUGAUCUUUGGCUAAUCUAGAGGAAACCUCAGAACACAUCCCUUCUCUGCUACUGGUCCAGCAGUCUCCUCCAUGUCCUAACUGUGCCCUGCCCCCCAUUUGUGCCCCC